UAUUGAAGAAUUUUUUUCUUUUUAUUUAGAUGUAUUAGAUGAAUAUGUAAGUCCCGUAUCAGCAGCUGAAUUAUUUCUUUCUGAAGCUGUAGCAAAACGAAAAGAUGUUUUAAUGAAAACAGUUUCAUUUCUUGGUACAAUAAUACAUAAUGAUACAAUAACAAUAAAACAAAAAGAUGGUAUUUUACAUAUGUUAGGUGUUAUUGGUAAUAUUCUUAUUAAAAAAAAAGCAUUUGCUAAUCAAUUAGAAAAUAUGAUUGUUCAAUAUUUAUUUCCUGAAUUACAAAGUUCAACAGCAUUUUUACGUGCACGUGCUUGUUAUGCAAUAAGAAAUUUUUCUAAACUUGAAUAUACAAAUAAUGAUAAUUCAGUACGAUGUUUAACAUAUCUUAUAAAUUGUUUAUGUAAUGAUACAUCAUUACCAGUUAAAGUUGAAGCUGCUAUGGCUUUAAAUUUAUUUAUGUCUGAUACAGAUACAGGUGAAAAAGGUAAAGCAAUUAUAAUACCACAUUUACAAAUAAUUGUUAUGCGUAUUAUUGAAAUAAUUCGACAAACGGAAAUUGAUGAUGUUAUGAUUGUUUUACAAAAAAUUGUUGGUUUAUUUGAUCAAGAAUUACAACCAAUUGCUGUACAAAUGACAUCACAAUUAGUUGAAUUUUUUAAACAUGUUGUUUGUUCAGAAAAUACAUCAAAUGAUGAAAGUAAAGCAGAAGAACGAACUGUUGCUGCUAUGGGUGUAUUAAAUACAUUAGAUACAAUUGUUAGUUGUAUGGGAGAAAAACCAGAAGUAAGUCUAAAAGAAAUUAAAGUUAUCAAUGAAAUAUUGAUAAGAUGUUUAUAG